CAUUUAUUCGUUUGGUACUGAAGCACUUUUGCUCAGUUUACUUUGAGAUUUUCAUCUGAAAUCAGUGUUGCGAAGAAGAUAGUUUUUUUUUCAUAAUAAUGAUAUUAAACAAUUCAAAUCAUAUAAUUAUAUUAUUAUUAUUUUUAUCGAUGAAAUUGAAACACUUGUGUGGAAUUCAUGUUUGUGAAUUAGAAGCCACAAAAUUAACAGAUGUUUUUCCUCUUUGUCGAUUUAAAAAAGAUCAUUUAAUUUGUCACGGUGGAAUUGAAUCAUGGAAAUUUGGAUCAAAAAAUUUACACAGUUUAACAUUGUGCGAUUGGCCGGAAAUAAAUUUUGAUUCAGAGAGAAUUUUACAAUAUUUUCCAUCUCUGAAAAAUUUGUCUAUUAUUAAUGGUAGUAUUAUAAAUAUUUCCAGUCCUUUUCCAGUGGAAUGCCAAAAAAUAGAGAGACUAGAAAUUAUUGGAACGAAAUUACAACAAUUUCAAGAGGGAAUUUUUAAAAAUUUAUCAUCACUUCAAAUUUUAGAUUUAAGAUAUAAUAGUCUAAAUGAAAUAAAUCCGGAAAUUUUCAAUUUAUCAUCUUUACAGUUCAUUUACCUGUUUGGAAAUCCUUGGAAAUGUAGAAAGGAAAUGUCAUGGAUUCUUGAAUCAGGAAAUUAUUCCAUUGCUAAUAAAAUUGAUGAUAAAUUUGAUUUACAAUGCUCAGCUCCAUACGAUGGACGACCACUUGUUCCGGUGGUAGAAAUAUUAGUAGCUCUAAAUGAUGAAUGUAAACAAACUGUUUGUGAAUGUCAAUUGACUUAUGUUUACGGACGAGUAGACAGGCAAAUUCAAAAGCAAUUAAUGGCUUUUGUUUCUGUUAAUUGUAGUAAUCGAGGAUUAACAGAAAUGCCACCAUUUUUACCGGCCAACACGACAGUUCUUCAACUUUCGGAAAAUGAGAUUACGGACUUGACACCUUUGAAGGCAAAUCCUGUUUAUAAGCGAGUUUUAGAUCUUUAUUUGGAUUUUAAUUUAGUGGAGACUGUUAGUCUUCUCGAUGGAUCAUAUUGGCUGGAAAACUUUCGACUUCUUAGCCUCCGCAAUAAUAAAUUAACAGAUCUACCAACUUAUGCCCUAGAGCAUGUUUUACCUCAUAGUAUAAAUUCAGCUCGUUUAUAUCUUGGUAAUAAUCCAUGGAGAUGCGAUUGUUUGUUUACUCCAGGAUUUCAGGAUUUUUUAAUUCGAUUUGCAAAUUUAGUAAAAGACAUCAAUGAUAUUCGUUGUUCGGGUGAUGCAAGUGAAAAUUCCCAUAAACAGAUUCGAGAACUGAAAAGAACUGAAAUUUGCAUUUCACCGGACUAUAAUUACUGGUUGCCUUUGGACAUUUUAAACAUUAUACUUGCAUUGUUAAUAUUUCUUGUCAUUGGAAAAUUAUUGUAUGAUUAUUGGUGUUUCAAAAGAACUGGAAAACUACCUUGGAUAGUAACGAAAAUACCUUAAUGUCUUUAUUUAUAUUAAAAAUUAUUACCUUUUAUUUUGUAGUUUAAAGUUGAUUUUCAUUAUUAUUAUUAUUAUUAUUAUUUCACCAAUAAAAUAAUUUCCUUGUUAAGUUCUA